CGACAGCAGUUAGUCGGCGUUUUCGCUUCGAACGGAAGAGACGGAACGGACGAGCAACGCGUAUCGUCGGCCGCAAACUGCGCGGAAGCCGUGAUGGUCUAACGAGAGACCAAGUAGUGUCGUUCUGCAAUUUGGGACAAUCGUCUCACAUGAUGGCUCUCCGUGUGGCGUUUGUGUUGUGUCUGCUAGUCGGCGCCGGCCUCGCCUUUGAGAGCAACAAAGUGGAGAAUUCGGACCAAGUGCCCAGGUGUAAAGUAGUGCAAAAUAUGUUGCUUUCGGCCCCCGCCGGCCACGGACAGGUUAACCUGACCGAACUCAGGUGCAACGUUAAGAACCUGCAGGACCAGGUGCCCCUCGAUGAACAAUAUCAGUUGGCAUCGGUGAGCAGCAUUCACAUAACGUGCAGCAUAGUGCAUGCCUCUGACAGCUCGAUUGAAGGCGGCUUCGUGCCGAGCAUUCUGCGCUACGCUUCUCGACGCAACGUGCAAAUCCGCCGUAUCUCGCUGGAGCAUUGUCUGCUGCGUAAAUUGUCGACGGGCACGCUUUCGUCCCUGCCAGGCGCGACGCGUAUUGAGGCGCUGUCGAUCAAUUCGACGUCGGCACCCGUCGGCUGGGGCCUGAGCGUCGAGUCGGGCACCUUCUCAGGGCUGCCCUCGCUCGUUGAGCUUGACCUCUCCUCAUCCUACGUGUGGAGCAUCCCGCGUGACACCCUCUGCCCCCUCACCGGCCUCAAGCACCUCAACCUCAGCUACAAUAAGUUGCAAGACGUCAAAGGCCUCGCCAAGGGGCCUGAGGUGACGCUUUGCCCUAACUGUCCGCUCGAAGUCGACCCGCAGGAAGAUUUCAACAACUCCCCGCGGUGCCUGCGCUCAGUCCAGACGCUCGACCUUUCACACAACUUGCUGACCAACCUGCCUGACCAUUUCCUAUCGUCUCUCAAGUUCCUCAAGGAGCUGCGGUUAGCCUGGAAUUUGAUCGACAAAAUCGGCGAUAAGUCGCUCGCAGGGCUCAAAUCCUUGCAGAAACUAGACCUCACGGGAAACAAACUAACUUCCCUGCCGCACGACUUGUUCAGCGAUGCAAAAUCGCUCUCAGAAAUCAGACUGGCAGACAACAAUUUAGGAGUUCUUGGACCUGGGGUUUUCUCAGGCUUGAAGGAUCUCUCCUUGCUCGAUCUGGCGCGCAAUAAACUGAUGCUAGGACAGAUUGGCGUUGGCAAGGACACCUUCCGCGGGCUCGAACGACUUCGAGAGCUUGACCUGACCAGUAAUUUGUUAGACAAGCUUGAAGCUGGAACUUUCAGCGAUCUUCGCGAACUGCAGGUGCUGCGAUUAGCUGGCAACCAGCUCGAGUCGAUCCCCGACAACGCGUUCGUGUCUCUGGGCAACCUGCACGCGCUUGAGCUGACCGGGAACCAGCUGAAGGUCCUCCCGAAGACUCUGCUGCGUAAGCUGCGCGCCCUGCACCGCCUCGGAGCCUCGCACAACCGCAUCACGGCGCUGGACUAUGAAACUUUCGUCAACUGCAGUGACCUGCGUGAGCUCGAGCUGGCCAGCAACCAGUUUACCGAGAUUAACGCCUCUGUGUUGUCGGCGGUACCCUUGCUGGAGAAGCUCGACUUAUCGGAUAAUCAACUGUCGGCAUUGCCAAUCUUCCCGCCGCUAUCACUGCUGAGGGACCUCAAUUUGUGCGCGAAUAACAUAAAAAAGAUGCCUAAGAACAACUUGGCCCAGCUUCCUGCUCUUUGGGUGCUGAAUAUAUCGAACAACGAGCUAGCCGUCAUCGAGAAUGGUGCCCUCAGACAUAAUGUCCGCCUUGCGGGCCUGAUCAUCGACGCCAACAAACUGACCGAUCUGGACAGUUUGCUGGAUGAAGCUCCUGCCUCCCUCAAAGCUAUCAAAGCGUCUGACAACCUGCUGACGUCGUUCAACUUUAACCGACUUCCCGGCAACAUGGAAUGGCUCGAUUUGCAUCGCAACCGACUGACGCAGGUCCGCCACUCCAGGGACCACGAGGGUCACGGGGGUCGCUCGCUCACCUCCCUCACCUUCCUCGAUCUCAACCACAACCAGCUGCAGCGGCUCGAUUCCUUCAACUUCCCCGACCACGUGAAGCAGCUCUAUGUCGCCAACAACAGCAUCUCGAGCGUCGCGCCCAACACCUUCGCGGAAAAGAGGAACCUCCGCUUGGUCGACUUGUCCGACAACCAGCUGACCGAACUAGAACUCAACGCUUUGCAGCUGGGUCAAAAGAUUCCUGAAAAUGAAACUCUACCUUCAGUGAUGCUGGCUCGCAACCCCUUCAACUGCUUGUGCAAAAUGGAUUGGCUGCAGCAGGUGAACACGCUUGCGAAUGGAACGCGUCGCUAUCCGAGCGUCAUUGACAUAACGUCUGUGACAUGCUCGCUGACACACGCGCGCGCUGUCACCAGCCCCGUGUCGGCCUUGAACCUGGCGCCGUCGCAGUACCUUUGCCCCUACGAGACGCACUGCUACCCGCUUUGCCACUGCUGCGAUUACGACGCGUGUGACUGCGAGAUGACCUGUCCCACUGGCUGCGCGUGCUACCAUGACGCAAUGUGGGGGACAAACGUGGUCGAUUGCUCCGCACAACAGAGCACGAAGCUACCCGAACGCAUCCCGAUGGACGUAACGCAGCUCUUCCUGGACGGCAACAACCUGCACGAGCUGACCUCGCACGUCUUCAUCGGCAAACGCAAGCUGGAGAUGCUGUACUUGAACGCCAGCAAGAUCAGCUCCAUUCAGAACCGCACCUUCAAAGGCCUGGACAUGCUGACGUCGCUCUUCUUGCAGGGCAACCUCCUCACUGAGCUGCAGGGCUACGAAUUCUCAGGUCUGCAUGUGCUAAACGAGCUACAUCUAGAGAACAACGCCAUCAUCUCCAUCCAUGAGGACACCUUCAGCGGCCUAUCCAUGUUGAGGAAACUUUAUUUGGAUGGCAACCGCCUGGUCAACUUUGUCCCCUGGGCCGUGCUGCCCCACCUCAAGAAACACGUGCUCGUCUCCAUGGGCGGAAACUGGUGGGACUGCCGCGAGUGUGACGUCAUGAAGCAGCUAAGCUCUUGGACUGACUCGGUCGGCCAGAUGCUGUGUCUGGACACGCAGCACUGGACCAGUGGUAGAUUCAAUGUGUCGGUCGCCGACACACUCAAAAAGUGCUUGGACCAGCAGCAGAAUAGCGCCAUCUCUGCGCCCGUGCAGGUUGAAAAGUCGUCGAGCAUGUCGACCAGCGUGAUGGCAGUGCUCAGCCUGAUGACGGUCGUGCUGAUAAUCAUCAGCAUUGUGGUCUUCGUUUUCCGCCGCCGCGUGCUCGCAGUGUGGCGAUCUACGUUUGGCAGUGGCGCCACCGUCGUGGAUGACCCCAAGCUGUUCGACGCAUACGUCGUCUACAGUCAACUGGACGAGAUGCUGGUGACCAAGGAGAUGAGCCCGCUGCUAGGCAUGAGCUCGCUUUGCUUGCACCAUCGCGAUUUGCUCGCGUCGCACGAGCCAGCCAGCGUGUACAGCGCCAUCGACGCCAGCCACUGCACGGUGAUGUUCAUCUCGUCCAACUUCCUGCAGACCGACUGGCCAAACGACAGCCUGCGCGUCCCCGUCCUCAACGCUCUGCUCAGUAAGAAUCGCUCGAAGCGUCUGGUGGUGGUGAUGCUGCACCCUCAGAAUCAGGCCAACUACCCCUCCCGCCUGUGGAAUCCGCUGUGCGAGCUGCUGACGGGCGUCAAAGUGCUCAAGUAUGGCGAAACGCACGGCGACCGCCUGCGCUUCACCGACGAAUUGCGCAAGGCCGUGCCCAUCAAGGCCGCCUGUAGCGUCAACUGGAACGGCGGCUGCAAGCUGUACUCGUCACCCAAGCUUUACUCCAUGAACAACUCUCCAUACUGGUGCUCGCGUGCGCACGACUACGCCACACAGAAGAUCAAUGGUUACAUUAGUUCGUCGUCGGCCGAUGGUGACGACGGCCACCACACGACGUCGACCGACGACGCCGCCGACAGUGGCGACUCGGUGGGCUACUCGUCGUACUGCCGGCACGCCAGCGACCUCAGCGGCCCACUGAACCACGUUUACAGCACGAUCGACGAGCACAACGUGACUACCAGCAGCAGUAUGAGACCCUCCUUGCAGCAGCAGCACUUCGUGUAACGUCCGCACUCUGCUGAUUGUCAAGUGUAUAUUAUUGUCCGCCAAAGACUGCUUUCGUUCUUACGAAUCUUUUCAAAUGUGAGAUUAGCUAUAAGUUCCGCUCUCGCGACCUUGCAGUAUUCCUUCACAUUCUCUCCAUGUUACAAUUAUAUGAAUGACGACUAAAAAAGCUGUGAAAAUAUGUAUGUCGUGCGUAGUUUACUGUAAUUGAUUCCAGAUGCUUUCUUAGUGCGGUGCAUAAACAUUCGCGGUGGAUCCUGUGCCUCAUACUAGGAAAAAAGUCAUUGAGUUUAAUGCACUGCGUAUCUGUGUAGAAAUCAAAAUAUUUAUACUUCCUAAGUCUUGUUGCGGAGAAAGAGAGAGAAAGAGAGGUUCGACCAGAGAGCAUGAUGAUAACUUAUGUAAUUUUAAUUGUAUAAAAUGGAGACUCUAAUUGAGCAAUAAAGCAUUGUACUGAUCAAAAAUUCAAAA